GGGACGGUGGACGUGAACAUCGAUACGGUGGCGGGGCUCCGGUCGCCGGAGAACCCGAGGUUUCUGGUGGAGAUCAUCGACACUUUCGUGGCUCACUCUGCAACUGUUGUCGACCGGUUGGAGUCGGAAAUCAUGGGAGGUGGAAGGGUGGCGGCUGCUUGCCUCGAGUUGCGACGUGCUUGCGAUGACUCCGAUAAGCAGAGGUACUUACUACUGCCACUAUCAUCUUUGGAGGUUGAUGAACUUGCCAUGAUACGGUGA